GGUAUUGAAACAGAAAGGGACUCUUGUGUGUUUUCGUUGUUGUCCUCAAAUGUAAAUGUUUUGUAUGCUAUGUUAGGUGUUUCGACUUCACUGUGGUCCAUCAUGAGGGCUAAUACAAUAUAACAUCACCAGCUAUUAUUACGACUCUUUUUUUCUGAAAAAAUGUAUUGUUAACUAAUUUAAUUGAUAUUUAUGUUUAUCACUUGCAGCCCAUGCUAUGUCUAGUUCCGUAUUGCUGACUGCAACAGCCAAUCAAAUCACAGUUAAUGUCUGGCGGGAAGGCUCACCUACAUCCUAUCAAAUAAACGUAUUGCUUUUGCGGACGCUGAAGCCAAUGAGCUUUCUGUUCCGGAAAAGAGGCCGGCGCUAUGGAUGUCAAUCAGUUGCCGGCAUUAGCUAGCUUGGCUGUCUUGUUAGCUAUUUAACAAAAGUGUGUCGACCAAGCAGGUUUUAAAAAGUGUCUUUACAUGUGUUGGUGUAGAUCUGAGGACGUGUUUAACACAUACACAGACUUGUUUUGUUAUCUAAUCAAAUACAUAAGGUGAGGCUGUCAGAACAUCGUAGCUAGCCGCCGGGUUGCAGUGCAGGCUAGUGGAUGUAUUUCUGCAUUAGCCCUGGGAUAGUUCGAUAGCUAGCUGAGAAGCGGUUAACACACGGAGGAGAAAUGAACCACAAAAGUAAGAAGAGGAUUAAAGAGGCGAAACGGAGCGCCAGACCCGAGCUGAAGGACUCAUUAGACUGGAUAAAAUACAACUAUCAUGAAACAUAUGACCUGUCACACCGCACCGUGAAGGAUAAUGUGGAGCGCGUGGACACGCUACACCUCAGCCCAGAAGAGUUCAUCCGGCGCUUCGAGCGGCCUUACAAGCCUGUUGUCCUGCAGAGCAGCCAGGAGACCUGGCCCGCCCGGGAAAAGUGGACCCUUGAGCGCCUUAAACGCAAAUACCGCAACCAGAAAUUCAAAUGCGGAGAGGACAACGAUGGGUACUCUGUGAAGAUGAAGAUGAAGUACUACAUGGAGUACCUGGAGACCACCAGGGACGACAGCCCGCUCUACAUCUUCGACAGCAGCUACGGUGAACACGCCAAACGCCGCAAACUACUGGAGGACUACCAGGUGCCGCUCUUCUUCAGGGACGACCUGUUCCAGUUUGCAGGGGAGAAGCGCAGACCACCGUACAGGUCAGAUCAUUUCACUUUCCAGAUAAUUACAUUUCACCUCCAUGAGUUUUAUCAAUGA